AAAGUGAAUGCGUCGGAGCGGAGCAAUUCAGUAAUCCGCGAACGGUGUUCAUCGUUAAGACUCUCGCUGAUCUCGUCGGUCGCCUGUGUCUUUCGAGUCUUCUUUUUCGUAAAAAUUCCCGGUGUGUGAACACGCAAAUAACGCAAUAAUUAUUUAGAUAGACAAGUGAUUCACAAUGUGGACUGUCAUAUUAGUAUUCAUCGGUUUGCUGUGCGCAUUGAUACCGUCGACGCAUUCUCAAGGUGCAUGCCAAAAUCCGCAGGGACAACUUGGUAUUUGCGUCAAUAUCAGAGAGUGUCCGUUGUUGUUCAAUCUCCUGAAAGAGAACAGUGGAGAUCCACAAGUAGGCAAUUUUCUCCGUGCUUCCGUUUGCGGCUAUCAAGGUAGGGAUCCCAUGGUUUGCUGUCCAUCCAGUAACAAUGGAGGAAAUACAGGCGGCACGGACAACGGCUUGGAAGGCGAUCGAGGUCGUAAAGAAAUCGCGAACACACCAUACGGUCCUUUGUACCCGCCUGACUGUGGACUCAGUAAUGCAACGCAUUUUCGCAGAAUCGUCAAUGGCGAGCCAGCCUUGUUAGGGACCUGGCCUUGGGUCACCGCUCUCGGAUACAGAAACUCGAAAAAUCCAAAUGUUCCGAAAUGGCUUUGUGGCGGCGUCUUGAUUUCCAGUCGACAUGUGCUUACUGCCGCACAUUGCGUUUAUGGACGCGAGGAUUUAUACAAAGUACGCGUCGGUGACUUGGAUCUCAACAACGAUUACGACGGAGCAACCCCGUUUGAGGACUUCAUCGAAAGGAAGACAGUGCAUCCCCAGUAUAAUUCCAAGACUUUCACGAACGACAUUGCAGUUCUGAAAAUGUCCAGCGAAGUACGAUUUACGUCAUUGGUGCGUCCUAUUUGUCUUCCAGUGGAUGAUUAUACCAGAUCUAAAAAUUUAGAAAAUACCUAUCCUAUGAUCGCCGGAUGGGGAUCUGUUUAUUUCCAUGGACCAUCGAGCAGCCGACUUAUGCAGAUACAAAUUCCUGUACGUACGCAAGAAGAAUGUAAAUAUGCAUAUCGAAACUUUCCUACAACAGUGAUUGACGACCGCGUUUUAUGCGCUGGAUAUACUCAAGGUGGAAAAGACGCAUGUCAGGGUGACAGUGGUGGACCACUAAUGAAUGCUAUUAAUCCUCAAAAUCAAAAAACGUUUUACGUUAUUGGAGUAGUAUCAUAUGGUUACAAAUGCGCUGAGCCAGGUUUUCCAGGUGUAUAUUCGAAGGUUUCAUCUUUCCUAGACUUCAUCACGAGUCAAUUGGUAUAGAUAAUUUUUUCACAAAAAAGUUGAAACUUUAUAAUAAUAUUUUAUAUGAAUUCUGAAAAUUAUAUGUUUUUAUUAAAGCAUGAACAGUCUUGUUUUUUGUUUUAUAAACUACAUUGUUAUAAUAUUCAUUCACUAUUCGCGUGAAGUGAUAAAAUACAUUUUAUCAACUAUUCAAUAAGAUACAAGUAGGAAUUUUUUAAAUUAAUCAAGUAAAAUUUUUUUAUAAAUCAAAAACACGCUUGUUAUCUUUUAAAUUAAUUGUUACGUCAAUUUAUACCAAAAAGUAUAUAACUGUAUAAUAACAUGAACAAUGAAAUCAAUAAAAAAUUGAUUAAUUCAAUCGAAAUAAAAAUAA